AUGAUAAAAGAAGCCAAAUAUUACAGCAUAAUUUUGGACUGCACUCCUGAUGUUAGCCACACUGAACAAAUGACCUUAAUAGUUCGUUCUGUGUUAAUCGAUUUGAAAAAUAAAGAAUCAAAUGUUAACAUUCAUGAACAUUUUCCGGGGUUUAUACCAGUUGAAAGUAGUACAGGGAUGAGCUUAAGUGAUAUUCUUAUUCAACGGUUACGUGAUUUAGAUAUACUUAUUCAAAAUUUGCGAAGUCAAGGAUACGAUAACGGGGCUAACAUGAAAGCUUUUACUACUCGUUGGCAGGUUCUCUUAAAAUAUAUUACAAAUCUCACAUUGAAGCCAUUGAGUGAAACAAGAUGGGAGAGUAGAAUUGACGCCCUUAAGCCUUUUCGACAUUACAUAGGUGAUAUAUAUGAUUCUUUAUUUGAUAUAGUUGAUAACAAUAAUUCGGAUGCAAUGACCAAAUAUGAAGCAGAAUGCCUAUUUAGUAAGCUUAUGCAAAAAAUAAAUUUUGACAUAAGUGCCGCAUUAAAAUUAUUGGAAAGAUUAUUAAUGUACUUUCCAAAUUUAAGAUAUCAUAACGAUGAAGCAUUUGAAAAGUGUAUACUUGAGGCAACAGAACUAGCAAAAGAAAUAGAUGUUGAACCUGUUAUUCAACAUUCUCAGGGUAGAAUUCUAGCACUACGUGUUGUUGUCGUUAACUUGUCGUUUUAUGUUGUAGGAGAUGUACCUAAUGCUGAAAAAAAAUAUAAUAUGUUGAAUAAUUUGCGUGAAUUGGAUAUGAGGAUGAUGGUGGUGUCGAUAAUAGGUUUUGAUACAAACUGUGCGGGCCGGGAGCCUAUGACGAUAAUACGCGCACCCCGGACACCUUAUAAUCGCUCACCACUAACACCUAGGUCUUAA